AGUGACUUCCGCAGAGCAUCCUUGACUGCCAUCAAGGGGCCGGAACAAGUUCGCUGUGCACCGGACUUGGCAAUGCAACAAAGCUCCUCUUUUUAUCUCUAUUCCACCCUCAGUGGCUGAAGUUCUCAAUCAGCUAAACAAAUAAAGUAACCUUUUCCGUGCAUUCCAGUUUCCAAAGUGCGGUGGUUGCGAGGAAAGAUCAACCACUUUCAAACCUUUCUUUUCUUAGGUGUUUGAUUGCAAAAAGAAGAUCUCCAUGAAUACAAAAGAAAGGGCAAUUUCGUCCAUAAAGGCACCGCUCCGCCAAGGAGCGGAUCAAAAACCGCAGUGGAGGCCAAAGUCGGCCUCUUUCUUUUCUCGCCUCCGCCCCAUCUCCUCCCCCUCCUCCGCCGCUCGCCGCCGGAGAAUGACCAGCUCCUCCGCCUCUUCCCGCAAGGCUCUGAGCAAGAUCGCGUGCGGUAGGCUCCAGAAGGAACUCGUGGAAUGGGAGGUCAACCCGCCGGCCGGCUUCAAGCACAAGGUCGCAGAUAAUCUCCAAAGGUGGAUUAUUGAAGUCGUUGGGGCACCGGGGACGCUCUAUGAGAGCGAGAAGUACCAGCUUCAGGUCGAUUUCCCCGAGCAUUACCCAAUGGAAGCUCCACAGGUCAUUUUUCUUCAUCCCGCACCACUUCAUCCGCACAUAUACAGCAACGGGCAUAUCUGUUUAGAUAUAUUGUAUGAUUCCUGGUCGCCAGCGAUGACCGUGAGUUCUGUCUGUAUUAGCAUUUUAUCCAUGUUGUCGAGCUCAACUGCAAAGCAACGCCCUGCUGACAACGACCGCUAUGUGAAGAACUGCAGGAACGGUAGGUCUCCCAAGGAGACAAGAUGGUGGUUCCAUGAUGACAAAGUUUGAUGCCGAUGGUGGUGCUUCUGCAGUAGAGUGGCGAGGUCCCCCACCUAUCUCACAAAGAGUAGCGAGCUCCAUUUCCCUGUAAUACGGGAGUUUUAGUUGAUUCAAAUCAAGGAUUCCUGAACUGCUGUAAGUUUGCUUGCUUAAAUAUUCGUUAAGGGUUAUGAAUUGCAAAAUAUAUGGGGGACCAAUCUAGGCCGUGAAGAAAGCGGUGCGAGAAACGCCCGUCAGCCUCGUCAGUGGAAAGGUUGCGAAACAUGGUUGGACCUCCACCUCUGUUAAAUUACUUCUCGUCUUUAAUCUCUUCAUUUUUUUUUUGAAAAAAAACGUAAUUGUAAGGUGUUAUUACGCAAAUCAUUUCAUGGAGGUUC